UAAUCACUGUGAAUCCUUCAGCGCCGCCAGUCCACAAGCGCUGCGCUGGGCUGGUGCUGCUGGGUCCUUUGCGCUUCCGACCAACAUCCCAAACGAUCGCACGUCGCUCGCCCGCACACUGCUGUGCUAUUCCUAGCGCAGCAACACACCUCAUCGCUGCACGCACCUGGAGCGCACGCCCAGGAACAGGGCAACCAUGGACUCACUCAACCCUUCCCCGUCGCCUUCGGCGCGUCAGCAGCCUCCCAAUAUAAGACACUCUGCGUCCGCUUCGCCUCAUCCGCCUACGUUGGCCGCUUCCUUUGCUCCUGAUGAUGCCAGCAGCGCCACACAAACAACCAACGGCCCCGCAAGCAACAGCAACACCUUCGCGACCGCACUGAACUCCUCAGGCCACUUCGCCGACCCCAGCUUCACCACCGAUUACGCUCAGCAGGCGCGCGCGCAGUCGCCCUUUGCACCGCCCUUCCCGGACUGCCAGCAGCAGCAACACCAGCAGCAGACGAACAACAGCAAUACCUUCUUCCACACACAGAACACUGCCGAGUCCUUUCCUACCUUCGACAUCAACCAGCCGAGCUUCGACCAGAACGGCGGCUUCGACCCCACCCUACUCGCGACCGAUAUCAGUCCUGCCUCGCUAGACCUCCUGCCUGCCGACGCAGACUUAUCGAGCGACCAGACGCUAGAACUAGAUCCCAUGGCGACCAUGGCGCAGUCACACUCGCCAACUCCUCCGCAUCUCGUCGCAGACCAGACCACGUGCAUGUCAGGCAGUCCGAGCCCACAUGCCUCGCCAAGAUUCGCACAACCCACCUACCACAUGAACAGGCCGCGAAACGUUUCAGAGUCGCUUGACCCGUCAAGUGCCAUGUUUCCGCAGGGGGCGAAUGAGUGGAUGGGCAUGAAUGCAUACCGAUCGCACAAGCGGACACCCUCAGACAAUCAUUCAGACAUUUCUUCCAACCAUGCCUCGCCAUAUUUGUGCACCUUCGACAGUUUUGACGCUCACUCAUCUCCUAUGCUCAAUGCAUCUAAUGACCCAAAUUUUAACGACAAUCUCGAUAUGCAGGCAUUCACGCUCAACGACCAGCAAGCGCAACAUUUCUCGCACAGUCCAGCUCACAGCCCUGGACAUUCACCUCAUCUCAUGCCUCAGCCGCAGCAGAUGCUACCUCAGUUCACAUCGCAGGACGCUUUCGGCUUGGGCACGCAUAUGAAUGGCGUUCUGCCACAGCAACCAAACGGCAUGGACAUGUUUCCUGGUACGGGCAUGGAAGCUUUCCCGCAACUCAACAACGACAGCUCCAGCCCCGGCGGCCGAGCAGAUCAUAUGAGCCCGCCCGAGAUCAACAUUGAUUUCGCACCACCUUCGAGACAGCCCACCGACAGCUUCAAGCAAGAGAAGUCGGAAGAUGCGCUGUCUCCGCCGGCACGGAUGAACCGCAACCGAUCGAAGUCAGACUCGCAUGCUGGCUCAAGAUCUACGUCACCUGCGCUCGUUGGCCGUGGCAGGUCUCCUUCUGCCGGCAGUACCGGCGGGAAUCUUUCGCCAUUUGAUAAUAGCGGCUCACGUCCUUCGUCACGAUCCUCGUCGCCAGCGAACGGAGGUCGUAAUGGUUCAGUAGGCAGCCGCGCGCGAAGCACUAGUAAUGCGUCCGAUCAGCGCGACUACAUCCUGGACCUGGCUGAUCCUGGACGAUCACCUGCGAGCGGCGACAACAAGGGGCGUGUGCAAAAGCAUCCGGCGACUUUCCAAUGCAACUUGUGUCCAAAGCGCUUUACGCGAGCCUACAACCUGCGAUCGCAUCUUCGAACACAUACUGAUGAGCGUCCAUUUGUGUGCACCGUUUGUGGAAAGGCAUUCGCUCGUCAACACGAUCGAAAACGACACGAAGGCCUGCACUCUGGAGAGAAGAAAUUUGUCUGCAAAGGCACGCUCCAAUCUGGGUCGCAAUGGGGAUGUGCGAGGCGCUUCGCACGUGCAGAUGCUUUGGGUCGCCACUUCCGCUCUGAAGCUGGUCGCGUGUGCAUCAAGCCUCUGCUCGACGAAGAAGCAGCUGAGCGACAACGUGCUUGGAUGGAAGAACAGCAACAAGCUCAAGUUGCAGCCGGACUCGUGGCUCCACAGCCUGUGAUGGGCCAGCCUCAGCCAGUGGACAUGAUGGGCAACUUCCUCCCCGCAGCACUUCUACAGCAGUACCCAGCUCUGGCCGGCAUUGACUGGAGCAAUGUGCCUCAAGGCAACCCUCCAGACGAUGAAGCUUACUCCGGCCGAAGCUCUUUUGAUGCUUCUAGUGGAGGAGAGUAUUACGAGGACCAUUCAGAAAAUGAAAUGGGAUACCAGGAUCAGAACAUGGGUGGUAUGAAUAACAACAUGAAUCAUAUGGGCAUGAACAACAUGGGAGGUAUGCAAGCACACAUGGGCGCAUAUGGUGGGACUACAACCUCGGAUUAUCUGAGUGAUUUCGAAGGUCGAUGAUGACUUUACGGCCGGCAAUAAACGAACCAGCACGACCCGUAUCUUCGGAAGUGCUAUGAUCUCGUCCCAUCGCACGAGGACGCGCUUUUAUUUGGUUGGAAUUUUGGAUUCGUUGCAUCUGAUACCAUGAGCGGACUGGCGGAGCAAGACCUGCUUCCAGGCAAGGAUCGAAAGGAUAUAAAGGCGUUUGAUACUGCAAGAUUUUGCGUAGUCGAUGAUACCACCUUGAAGCUAGAUUAGCAGCAUAUUGCACGUGAAUUGAAACACCUCGAACAA